AGGAACAAUUCACCAAGUCUUCAGUGAUAUCUUCAGGAAGGACUCCAGUGUGUGGACACUGCAGACUUUUUCUUCUUGCUGAAGGAAUAUGGCUUCAACUGAAGACUUUACAGCUACCUAUGACCUCACCACAAACUCCACUUAUGAGUAUUACGACUAUGAAGAUGAAGUGUGCAAUAAAACACGCGUUGUGCAGUUUGGAGCGAGCUUCACACCAGUGUUCUUCUCCAUUGUGGUGGUCCUCAGUCUGUUUGGCAACAUCCUGGUCAUUGUGAUUCUGGCCAAGUAUGAGAAUCUGAAAUCCCUCACCAACACUUUCAUCCUGAACCUGGCUAUAUCGGAUCUCUUCUUCACCGCAGGUCUGCCCUUCUGGGCCUACUACCACAUGUAUGGAUGGACUUUAGGGGAACCUGCAUGCAAAAUAGUCAACUUUGUCUUCUACGUCGGCUUCUACAGCAGCGGUAUUCUCCUCAUCCUGAUGACUGCUCACCGUUAUGUAGCUGUCAUGAAUCCUCUGUCUGGCAUUGUGUCUACCACGGGCUUCUACAGUGUCCUCACAUGUGUGGUCAUUUGGGCAGUGAGCAUAUUGGUUGCCAGUCCAGCCUUCUUGUUCAUCGAAGUCCAGAACCAGAAUUUCUGUGAAUACAGGAAUUCUUACUGGACUCUAUGGGGAAUCUACCAGCAAAAUGUUCUUUUCAUUCUGAGUUCGGUGGUAUUCGUGUUUUGCUAUUCUCAGAUCAUGUGCAGGUUGCUGCGUCCUACUGCCCAAAGAAGAAAGAACAAAACUUUAAAACUCAUUUUUACCCUCAUGGUUGUUUUCUUCGUUGGCUGGGCACCUUACAAUAGUGUUAUAUUUCUGCGGUCAUUGUAUUCCUGGCCUAAACCACCUGCAAACUCAAACGAUGUGGCUGAAGGUUGUGACACAUCAGAACUACUGGAUUACGCCUUUUACAUCAGCCGGCUUUUUGCCUUUUCACACUGCUGCCUAAACCCUGUGUUUUACGUGUUUGUAGGUAUUAAAUUCAAAAACCACUUGAAGAAAAUGCUGAAGGGCUUGGGCCACACCAAUAGCAGCAUCGGCAAUAGGCAAAGCCGAGUCACAAUCACAUCGCAGACAAGUGGUGAAGAGUUUUCGAUGUAGUUGAGAGCACAAGUGAAACUGGAAUGACGAAAGAAUACCAAAUAAAAAAUCUAAUAUAUAACGCUAACAACAAAUACUCCAGGCUUAAAACAGUAAAGGACCGGAGGGCUCUGCAGCGGGAGAUUAAAACUGCUCAGAAGAUCAUUGGUACUCAUCUCCUGAGCAUCAGUGAUAUCGGUGAGGAGAGGAGCCAAUGCUGAGCUCAAAGUAUACUAAAGGACUGUACCAAGGCCAGCCACAGCCUGUUCACCCUGCUGCCUUCUGGGAAGAGAUAUAGUCGUUUCUACUGCCACACCACCAGACUGCAGAGCAGGUUUCUAUAUUAAAUAUUAGAAGCUAUCAGACUCUUGAGCUCAAAUUCCUCCACAGCACUUCCAUUGAUGAUAGUUUAUUUCUGUUUGGGGUUGGAAAAAAACUAUAAUGAUAAUCAUAAAAUCAGCCUUUAAACUUGACAUUUACCGUGAUAAUUAUCGAUAUCAAAUGAUGUGAUUUUUUUAUUGUAAUAUCAUUUUUGGCCUUGUCGCCCAGCCCUAUUUCUGUUUAUUUUUAAUAUUGCCUUUAUAUUGCUGUAUAUUGUCUGCUUCAUAGCAGAAGGGAGUUACAAACUCAAUUUCAAUUUACAAACUGUUGUAAAGAGACCGUUUUUUGGUAAACGCUGUAAUAUAAUUGUUUAUUCUAUAUCUCUGUUUUUAACAGCCAUUAAUGAACACCAUUUUCCACAAGCCCAGGACCAUCAGGGCUCCAGCUGCAUUUAUGCCAUGUGACACAUUAGACCCCUCAACAACUACUGAUUCAGUCAUAUAAAUGCCACAGCCUACCCGAGUAUUGCUGCUACCUAUCUUCUAAUGGCUACUUCCAGCAGUAUAACACAACAUGUCACAGAACACACAUCAUCUCAAUCUGGCUGGCAACAAGUUCAGUGUUUUCCAUAGUCACCAGGUCUCAAUCCAGUUGAGCACUUUUGGUAUGUGGGACAACUAGAAGCAGCAUCAAUGUGCAGCUGACAAAUCUGCAGCAACUGUGUAAUGCUGUCAAGUCAACAUGGACCAGAAUCUCUAAGGAAGGUUUCCAACACCUUACUGGAGCCGACCCAUAAAGAAUUUAGGCUGUUCUGGGGCAAAGGUGGGGUCCUACCCAUUAUAAGGAAGGUGUAACUGAUGCACUGGCCACUGAGUGUAUAUGUAUGAGGCUUUUAUUUGACAACAGUGAUAUGUAAUGUAUUAUUUCAUCCAUAAUUUUAUCCAAUAUUCAUCUUGUAGUUUUCAAUCACUAUUAAUCAAGAAGAAUGAGCCCUGUGUCUCUGUCUGCUUGCACGUGAUUUCAAAAGAAUGCUGAUAAACUGAUUAUAUAUUGUAUUAGGGAUAAAAUGACUGUAUGUGAUGUGAUUCUUUGAAUAACUGUGUUACUUUAUGUCUUCAUACCAAUCAUUUCAAUCAAAUAUUUAAUAUUUUUAUUAUUACUGU